UGAUCGUUUUCUGAUAUGUCUUUUUCUUCUAGUUACGACUUCACACCGCUGGACUCCUCAGCAGUGUAUGUGCUCAGCAGCAUGGCUCGCCAGCGUCGCGCUUCUCUGUCGUGCGGAGGAUCAAACAAUCAAGAUGCCGAAAGAUCAGAAUGCAGUUCUAAAAACUGUGCAGCUACUGCGGCAUCGCAUCUUUCCUCCACUGCUUUGUACGGCAAAGCUGGCAAAAGCCACGGCUCAGGGACUGCAAGUACUGUGAGUGCCACUUCUCCAAACAAGUGCAAAAGACCAAUGAAUGCCUUCAUGCUUUUUGCCAAAAAAUACAGAGUUGAAUAUACUCAGAUGUAUCCAGGGAAAGACAACAGAGCCAUAAGUGUGAUACUUGGUGACAGGUGGAAGAAAAUGAAGAAUGAGGAGAGGCGGAUGUACACGCUAGAAGCCAAGGCCUUGGCAGAAGAACAGAAACGUUUAAAUCCUGAUUGUUGGAAACGAAAACGAACAAAUUCUGGCUCACAACAGCACUAAGCUGGGAUUCUGCCCACAAUGAUGACAAAAUGGCUGUUGCUUGAUGGCAAGAAGAUGUGAGAUCAAGAUCUAUUUGUUGUGAGUUUGUGUGACCAUAAAAUGCUGGCACCAUCAAGUCAGAAACGAUGUAAUAGGAGUGCGGAUUGCUUUUUACAAUAGAACAUUAAGUAAGCUAAAACUAUCAACAUUUUAAACCAAAUUGCCUUAUUUCUCUUCCAAACUUCAUAUAUGUAUCAGGUAAUAUAGGCUUGAAAAUGGAUAUCCUGUGGUGCUAAAGUACUUCAGAAAGAGGCGAAGGAGAUGUGUAUAAAUGUUUAUUUUUAAAAGAAAAUGUACAAAAAGGGGAAUUUUAAAAUAUGUAACAGCUGUUUAUAUACAUCGAUUCUUAUUGCUGAUUUAUAUGUAUUGCACAACCAUAUUAUUAAUUACGAUUCUGGGGGCUGGGAUUUUAUGAAAUGGCAAGCAGUGUAUUACCAGUAGCCUCCCAGUCUGCCCAGAUGCCAACAAGUUAGCAGGACGUGUGGGAAGUGGAGAGCACAGAGAGCUGUGGCACGGGAGCUGCUUCUUGGGUCGCCACCUAUCGCAUCUGUAUCCGCAGUGAGAUGCUCACACCAGCUGGCAGUAGCAGAGCCCUCACUUCCACCAGAACCAAGGGCUUGGGCCAGGGCAAAACGAAUAAACAGCGUUAUCUCAAGAAAAAAUGGUGCUGUUGACGUUGUCACCAUCAUAGUUUUAACUUUGUGUUUGGUCUUUGCCACGUAUUCUGCAAUAUUUUAUUUUGCCAAUAAGACCUCUUCAUGGUGGGGGCAAACUUUGCACUUAACUAUACGUGCAACACUUGCACUUUACUUUUUUUUUCCUCCUCCAACUGUCUGACUUAGAGCGGCUGCAGUAGGAUUACAAUUGCUUCUGCUGUGAACUACAAUCAUGGCUUUUCAUGUACUAAACAGCUGUGUGUUUCUUUUUUUUUUUUUU